GCCGUCUGCGCCUCGGCUCGCAGCGCCUGCUGAGGCCCGGCCGGCCCCGCCGCCACAGCGCGGCCGCCCCUCGCCCGCCGCCGCCUCCCUCCCACCGCCGGGACAUGGCCACGGAGCCCCCGCGGCCGGCCGGGCUCCCGGAGGGCGGGCGCGGGCGCUGCGCGGGCGGCGGGCGCGGCGAGGCGGAGGUGGAGGCGGAGGCGGAGGAGGCCGCGGCCCAGCCGGUGCUCGGAGCCUCCCCGGGCCCCGCCGCGGCGGGGGGCGGCCGGCGGCGGGCGCUGAACGGCUGCGUGCCGCUAUCGCACCAGGUGGCCGGGCACAUGUACGGCAAGGAUAAAGGCGGCAUACUGCAGCAUCCAGAUGGGACCGUCCUGAAGCAGCUGCAGCCACCACCUCGUGGGCCCAGGGAGCAGGAGUUCUACAAUAAGGUUUAUGACCCCGACUGUUGUGACAGCAUUCUUCUGGAGCUGCGGAAGUAUCUGCCGAAAUACUUCGGUGUCUGGUCACCACCUACUGCACCAAAUGAUACGUAUCUAAAACUGGAAGAUGUGACCCGUAAGUUUAAUAAACCUUGCAUAAUGGACGUAAAAAUAGGUCAGAAAAGUUAUGAUCCGUAUGCUUCAGUGGAGAAGAUACAGCAGCAGGUCAGCAAGUAUCCGCUGAUGGAAGAGAUCGGAUUUUUGGUGCUCGGCAUGAGGGUAAGAACUUGCUUUGUCUUCACUUUCAGCUUGUGCUCAGCUUAUCUUGUUCCACACCGG